AUGGACCUGCCGACGCCACACGCGACUUCAAACGGCGGGAGGAUGACGAACAACAAGAAGGGCAUGGAGAUGUCCACGACGAGUCCGCUUUUUGACGAAUGGGUGCAAGCGUUCGACGGCAUCCACCCGCUCGUCGACAUCGGCUGCGCGUGGGGUAAGAAUGUCUUCGAAGCCGCGAAGGUCCUCGCCAAUACUCGCGGCCCGCCGGCCGCGACCGCGGUGCGUGUGAUGGCGUGCGACUGCGACGAGGCACAUCUCGCCUACACUCGCGCGCACGCGCCGCCGGACGUCGCGACUGCAUUUGCGCGGGUCCCGGAUGCGCCGCCCGCGGUGACGGCGAGCAGCAUUCUCAUAGGAGAGGUGCUGCAUUUCGUCGAGGGCCAUGCUAUCGACAAGACUCUGGCGUGGGCGCACGACGCGCUCGUGCCGGGCGGCGUGCUCUGUCUCACCGCCGGGACUCCCUGGGCGAAAUUCGUGCCCGGCGCGUCCGGAAUGUGCCCGAUCCAGGCGGUGGCGCAGAGUUUGUGGGAGGCCAACCAAGGCAAGGACUGGCCGGGCUCGCAAGGCGUCAACCAUCAAGAACUCAUGGCCGGCGCCUCGCUCUUCAAUAUGCCAAACGACCAACUGCCCACGUACCUCCACCCCAUCGCUGCCGAAGAUCUUUCACGCGCGUGCGAGCGCGCAGGGUUCGAGGUCUUGCUCAAGCGCGAGCAGAUCCACCCGGGCUGGCCGCCCGCGAGCGCGAACAACGGCCGCGAGAACGCGCAAGUCGUCGCGCGGAAGGUUGUACGUGCUUGAUGAGAUGUGCCCAUGCAGGAUAACUUCCCCCCCCCUUGGUUGUACCAAUUAGUUUAUGUUAGAUUUGUUUGGCAUUGCUAAACUUCUCUCAUGACUUCU